AAUGACAGAGCGCAAGUUCCCACACGGACUCGCACUGCUUGUGAUUCUCCUGCACCGUGGUUUCUCUUUAUGGAUGUUUUGUGUAAAGUUUGGUAGCGGUGGAUUGAUAAGAGUCUGUUCUUCCAGCAGAAACAACCCGCGCCACUGCGCAUUGAUCUGAUCCGGCAUGUCUCAGGACAGUCAGCACGGCAAGUGGACCAUCUCCAGCAGUGAUGAUGAUGACGAUGAGGCUCUUCCUCCUUCAGGGACUGCAACAUCUGGUUCCCGUCAACCCACUGAGUCCAGUCACAGUUCCUACCGAUCUGCUACUCCAUCACCACCCGUGGAGGUGAAACCAGAGCCAGCCAAACCACCGGUGUCCUCUCUCGCUGUUGGCUCAGAAGCCAGGCAGUCAGCCGCUAAGAACCAGUUAAACCCAGUGAAGUAUGAAACCAGCCCUUCACUGGCUGGAAAACGCAAGAAAGUGGCGUCAGAUAGCACGGGCUGGGCUCUCUCUGAUAGUGAUGAAGAUGAUGGAGAGGUGAAGGGAAAGAGUUUGAGUGACUUGCCAAAGAAGGCGCCUCCAAACCCCAAAACAAAGAAGCCAAAGGUGGAGAGCGAGCGUCCUCCAAGUCCUCACGGCCGACUUUACUACAUCGAUGAGCCCGAUGACUUCUUUGAAUCCCGUCUUCCUCCACUAAAUGACACCUACAGGUUUUACCUCAACAAAGUCACAGGACUGGAAAAGAAGUACAACAAUGGCGCUCUGCAUAUCCGGGACAUUCUUUCCCCAUUAUUUGGCACCUUGAAAGAAUCGGUUCAGUUUAACUAUUGCUUUGAUAUUGCCUGGAUGGUGAAGCAGUACCCAUCAGAGUUUAGGGAUCGCCCAGUUCUGAUCGUACAUGGUGAUAAGAGGGAGGCCAAAGCUCGACUCAUCCAGCAGGCUCAGCCCUUUCCACAUGUGCGCUUCUGCCAGGCCAAGCUGGACAUUGCUUUUGGAACUCACCAUACGAAAAUGAUGUUGCUGUGGUAUGAGGAAGGCUUCAGAGUCAUCAUUUUGACUUCUAAUCUCAUCAGAGCUGACUGGUACCAGAAAACACAAGGGAUGUGGAUGAGCCCUCUGUUCCCUCGGUUACCAAAGGAAAGCAGUGCAAGCGCUGGUGAGUCGCCCACCUUCUUUAAGAGGGACCUGCUGGAGUAUCUGGCAUCGUAUCGCGCUCCAGAACUUGAAGAGUGGAUCCAGAGAAUCAAAGAGCAUGACCUGUCAGAGACCAGGGUAUAUUUAGUUGGCUCAACCCCAGGAAGAUAUGUAGGUUCAGAUAUGGAGCGCUGGGGCCACCUGAGGCUGAGGAAGCUGUUGUACGAGCAUACAAAUCCUAUUCCUGGCGAGGAAAGGUGGCCAGUGAUUGGCCAGUUUUCCAGCAUCGGCUCUAUGGGAUUGGAUAAAUCUAAGUGGUUGGCGGGGGAAUUUCAGCGCACCCUGACCACACUAGGAAAAUCCUCUCUUCGCCCAGACCCUCCUAUGCACUUGCUUUAUCCAUCAGUAGAAAAUGUGAGGACAAGUUUAGAGGGAUAUCCAGCUGGAGGCUCUCUUCCCUACAGUAUCCAGACAGCUCAGAAACAACUUUGGCUCCAUUCUUACUUUCACCGCUGGAAGGCAGAAGCAACGGGGAGGAGUCACGCCAUGCCACAUAUCAAGACAUACAUGAGGGCAUCUCAAGAUUACUCUCAGCUUGCCUGGUUCCUUGUCACAAGUGCGAAUCUCUCCAAGGCAGCAUGGGGUGCGCUAGAGAAGAACAACACUCAGAUGAUGGUGCGUUCGUAUGAGCUGGGAGUCCUCUAUCUGCCGUCCGCCUUUGGCAUGAAGACAUUCUCUGUUGACAAAAAUCCAUUUCCGGUCUCUGCGUCCUUCUCGGGUUUCCCAGUGCCGUUCGAUCUCCCCCCUACAUCCUACACUACUAAAGAUCAGCCUUGGAUCUGGAACAUUCCUUACAGCCAGGCUCCCGACACACACGGCAACAUCUGGGUUCCCUCCUGAUCACACGCACACACGUCUCAUUUGAAAGUCUGCUGUCUGUACCUGUUAGUUACUGUGUUUAGUUGUUAGUGGUCAUUAACAUUUUUCUAAAUACUUUUAUACUGUACCAUAUACUCAUAUGAUUUCUACCAAUAAAUAAAAUAUUGUUAGAUUUGUGUAUUUGCAAUGUCAGUUGUUGUUUUUCAGCAUUAGAAUAAGAUUUAAACAUAAGAGGUUGCACUCAAAUAGCUUGAGUUAUAAAUCUUCAUAUGUAAUUCCAAUUUAGAAUCCCAGGAGAGGUCUGAUGUGGUCUUAUUUUGGCAUAAUGGGGGAGGUUCUGUGUAAAUUUACUUAAUUUAAAGUGACAGCUCUGUAUGAAACAUCCCUUUUAAGUGAAACCUGUUGCACAGAUUCAUAAAUGUUCAAGAUAUAAGCUUGUUUGCUUCUUAAUAUCAUAAAGGAUAAAGCUUGUAUAGGAUUUGGGGAGAACAUUAAUGGCUCAUUUUUUUGUUUUUAAUCGCCGAUCUGCACGCAUUCCUAUUUUUGGUGGUCGGGAUUUACAGCACUUUGUGUUUUUUUUUUUUUACUAUCAGGUUAAUGAUUAUAUCCGUAUAUGUACCCCUUGGGGUAAAUUAAUUACUGAUUAAGCAGUUUGAAAGAGCCACAACCACGUUUUCUCUCUUUAACUUGGGUAAGUUCAUCUCAGCAAGAUGGCUUUUUUUUUUACGUGUUUUAAUGUUAGCUCACUACAUAUUUACACUGGUUAGAAUUAAACAUAUUUACCAGAAACCUCAAAUUAGCACCUAUACAAAUACAGUAUGUUUUUUCCCUAGAUCUUUAAAAACCCAGGGUGUAUUAAAAAGCAACUAUUCAUUGCUGCCUGAAUACCCUUUUUUUCUUAAUCUAGCUUCAACAGCUCUUUCCAACAUCGUCUCAUCAUCUUCAUCCCACAGUAAAUACUACAGCUUUGCACAUCUUCUCCAGCAUCGGACGCUUCCUCUCCAUUCCUGGGGAAGAAGUGUCUUGGGGAGUAAGGCAUCUCCUCACUCUCCAAGAUUGCGUUAAGUGAUCUGGUCAAAGAUGUCUGCUCUCUCUUCAAGACAUCUCAAUACCUCCACAGGUAUGUCACCUGGACCAAGUGCCUUUCUACUCUUCAUCCUCUUCAUAUCUGCCCUUCUUUCUAAUUCUCUAUAAUUCCCGAUCCUUUGUCCAGGCUUCUCUUUCUCUCUCGAUUUCUUCAUUCAUAAGCUCCUCAGAGUACUCCUUCCAUCUUCUCAAGACACGCUCUCCAUUUGUUAGUACAUUUCCAUCUCUUUCUGCUUAGUCUGUAGAUCCAUGUUCUUUAUAUUUGUAAUAAGUUUCCUAAACGAGUUAAUGCGUACGCUACACCUGUAAA